CUGGAAAAAAUGCGCCCGGCGUGUCGAUGUUUUUGGAUAGAGCCUGGCCAGGGUCCAGAUCCCAGUGCUGAGCGGCAUCCCAGCCCCUCACCGUGGCCUCUGUGCUGGAAGGACCAGUUCUGCCCAGUCCCACCAUGGGGAUUGUGGUUCCCAGCCCACCCAGGGCACCGGGAAACUGGGAUCGGGCUCUGCCCAUGCUGGAAGGUUCAUGCCAGGGACCCACUGCCCUGGGAGGGGACCAUGGGCAGCGAGUCCCAGCACUCGGUGACAUCACCCCCCACUGACCCCACAGCAUGGUGGGGCGUUUCUGUAGGACCUACAAAAACCCCAGGAGCAAACAAUGGGGACUGGAAGCCUGGGAAAGGUCCCUACGGGAAAGAGGAGAGGAAAUCAUCUGUUGUGGGGGGGAAAAUGAGGGUACCCCUGGGAAGGGGGGAGGAAACCACCCACCAUGGGAGAAUGUGAGGGUUCCCAUGGGAAGAGGAUGAGGAAAUCAUCCUCCAUGGGGGGGGACACAAAGGCAAAUGCAGGGCAGGCACAGGGCAGCCCCGGCGGGACAGACGCCUGCCGGUGGCCCCACGGGGGGUCACGGGGGUCUUGUGCUGAAUCAGCAGCCGGGAAACCCUCCGGCGGAAGGAAGCAGCCGGUGGAGAGGCCGGGCUGCCGGUGUGGGGGCGGCAGGACAGCCGGCCUCUGCUCUCAGCACCGCUUAUCCAAGGCUCAGCCUUGCCUGGAGAGCGGGGACUAUCCAGUCCUGGAGUCUGCAUUCCAAAUCCCUGGGGGAACUGAGGCACAGGGGGCCACUACAGAGCCCCUCGCCUGCGCUGCCCUGCCCUGUGAGGGCAGGAAGGGAUGAUCCAACCCCCAACGCCAUCCUGAUGCCAAAGGCUCCUUAGGAAGAAGGGCAGGAGGGUGGCAGCGGUCGAAGCACUGAGCCUGGACAUACCAUCCCAUCCCCCCUGGCUCUGGUGGGUGCCAGUUUUUGUGCCACAGAUGCUGCCGGCUCUGGCAGGUGCCAGUCCUUGUGCUGGCUCCUGCUCAGCCACCCUUUCUCCCCGGAUUGUUUCCACCUCGGCCUGGAUUGGGGCAGGACCUGCCAGAGGCACAUUGAACUUUCCUCUGCAUCCUUCGCCCUUGUGCUUCACCCUCCUGAAAUAGCAGCAUCAGCCUGGGAACCUCUCCCAGAGCUGGCCCAAAUCUCCUGGGGCAUUUCCCCAUCCCCAGGGUCUGUGGGGUACCCCAUUCCAGCUUCAGGGCUACAACCACCCCUGUCAGGACAGGGACCACCGAGCCCUGUCGGUGCCCCCAGGCUGGGGCUGCCCUGGCCCCAAGCCCUCCACAGGAAGGGCUUUUCCGGGGCUUUUCUGGGGUUUUCUGGGUCCCACUGUCCUGCCAAGGGCUCUGGCUUUAUCCGUCAGCUGACAUUCCUCCGGGAGGCCCCUCCAGGCCUGUGUAUCCUUAAACGGCAGGGCCGCCUGCGAGCCCCGCUCCCGGCUCUCACCCCGGAGCCCACCGGAGGCCGGUGCAGGGCCCCCUGUGGGUGACACAGCCCCUCCUACUCUGUCUUUGUCCCUUGAGAAUCUCUCCCAGUGGGCAGCGCUCAGCAGACACAGGCUGAGACUCCCCCCAGACUCAUCGCACUGAUGACAGAGACACCUCCCCCCUACGCACACACAGACUCAUCACACCGAUGACCAGGUGGGCUCCCCCUGCUCCACCCCCGCAGCCCGGGCUGUGCUCCCGCCCCCAGCCCCCUCCAUGCCCCGGGGCGGGAUCCCGGUGCCCCCGCCCGGUGCGGCGGGGCAGGUCCCGGCCGGCCCCGACCGCGCUCCCGGGGCUGAGCCGCACCUCGGGGAGGGGCCGGGCCGGGCAGGCGCACGGUGCGGCGGCACCGGGGCUGGCUCGGCUCGGCUCGGCACGGAGCGGGGGGAGCGGAGCGGAGCGGCGGGCACCGGGGGCUGCGGCCAGGUCCCUGGGUGCCGCGGUGCAGGAUGGAGCCCGCGGCCGUGCUGCUGGCCCUGCUCCCCACGGCGGCCACACAGUCCACCCCACAGCCCACCCCACCCCCGGGCUGCAGCCAAGGCCUCUCCUCCCUCUACUACAACCUCUGCGACCUCUCGGCGGGCUGGGGCAUUGCGGUGGAGGCGGUGGCCAGUCUCGGCGUGGUGACCACCUUCGUGCUCACCAUCGUGCUGGUGGCCAGCCUGCCCUUCGUGCAGGACCCCCAGAAGAAGAGCCUGGUGGCCACGCAGGUCUUCUUCCUCCUGGGCACCUUCGGGUUGUUCUGCCUGACCUUCGACUUCAUCGUGGGGCCGGAUUUCUCCACCUGCACCUCCCGCCGCUUCCUCUUCGGUGUCCUCUUCGGGAUCUGCUUCUCCUGCCUGCUGGCACACGCCAUGGCCCUCAACUUCCUGGCGCGGCGGAACCGUGCGCCGCGGGGCUGGGUGACGCUGGCGGUGGCCCUGUCCCUCGCCUCGGUGGAGGUCAUCAUCAACGCCGAGUGGCUGCUCAUCACGGUGGCGCGGCUGGAGGGCCCCCCGGACCCAUGCCAGCUGGUGGACGCUGACUUUGUCAUGGCACUCAUCUACGUCAUGUUCCUGCUGGCGGCCGCCUUCGGCACAGCCUGGCCGGCCCUCUGCGGCCGCUACGGCCGCUGGCGCAAGCACGGCGCCUUCAUCCUGGCCACCACCGGCCUCUCCGUGGCCAUCUGGGUGGCGUGGACCGUCAUGUACCUCUUUGGGAACCAGCACGCCGGCCACAAGCCCGGCUGGGAUGACCCCACGUUGGCCAUCGCGCUGGUCAGCAACGCCUGCGCCUUCCUCCUGCUCUACGUCAUCCCCGAGGUGACGCACGUGACGCGGCGCAGCCCCGAGCAGGCCUUCGAGGACGACGGCUACCCCACGCGCGGGGUGGGCUACGAGACCAUCCUCAAGGAGCAGAAGUCCCAGAGCAUGUUCGUGGAGAACAAAGCCUUCUCCAUGGAUGAGCCCUCCUUCGCCAAGAAACCGGUGUCCCCAUACAGCGGCUACAACGGGCAGCUGCUGACCAGCGUGUACCAGCCCACCGAGAUGGCUCUGAUGCACAAGGGGAUGAGUGAAGGUCCCUACGACGUGAUCCUGCCCCGCGCCUCCACCAGCCCGGCACCCGGCAGUGCCAGCUCCACGCUCCGAGCCGAGGACGCCUUUGUGGCACAGGCCCGGCACAUCGGCACCCCACGGGACACCCGGAACUUCCAGGUGCAGUCCCCGUACAGCAGGAACCGGUGGUGAAGCCCCCGUGGCACAGGUCCCGCAGCACUGGCACAGCCGCGGCCCCUCCGUCCUGCUCCCGAGGUCUCACCAAGCCUCAUCCUGCCCUGACAUGUGAAUCCCACCCUGGCCAGCAGCCAGAGCCAGUUCCUGCCAAUGGGAUGCCCGGAUACGGCCCCAGAGCCAGCGCUCCCACCUGCCCGUCCCACCUGGCCAUGGCACCUGCAAGCUGCCAGCUCUGCCCGGACCCCACAGCCUGCCUCAAGGACUGGCUCACUGCCUUUGUGAUGCACAGACACCCCGUCCUCCCUGGGCCAUGGACCCUCUGAAGCUGGGGAGCUGGUGGGACCCCCACCCAGGGCACCGAGCCCCCGGCUCCGUGCUGACCCCACCAGCCCUGGGGACCCUGAGCUGGCCCAGCCCCCUCCCACCACGGGGUGUGAGGGGACACAAAGCUGUCCCUGGCUCUGCUUCCUGCCGUGCCUCAGUUUCCCCACUGCUGGGGAAGGGGGGCUGCUGGGGGCCUGGGGGAUCAGUGCCUUGCUGGGGCCCCACAGUUCCAGCUGCCUUCUUGGUGCCUUCCCCCCUCAGGGCUCGGGAACCCCUCUGGGGAGGGGGCUGGGCCCCUCGCCCUUCCUGCGGCUUUCUCCGUUGUUUUUCCUCUUCCCCAUUUUUUUUCAGGUCACCCCAAUAAAGGUGGUUUUUCCUA